AAGUUUUACAGGAUAUGUUAAUCGCUGUCUCCGGGGUUUUAAAUAAAAGUACAUAGUUUUUCAAAAAAAGAUGAUGAAAUGCUAAUCGGAACAAACGCGAGUGGGCUGGAAAUAAUAACAAUGAGUUAAUAGAAAAGAGAGACAACUAGCUAGAAAAGAAAUUAAGAGAAAAUUCUUUACUAGAUCUGACGACUUUUUAAAGUACAUUAACAUUUGGAUUCGAAGCGAGUGUAAGUAGUUCCCAGGGCCUUCGCAUUUUUUGGUUAUGCCCUUAUUUAUGGGCGGGAAGUAAAAUAAAAACAAACCGAAAGAAAAGCUAUGGUCUAUGAAAUAGACCGGAUAUGUGCACCAACACCAGCAACAUUUAUUUUUGCAUAGAAAAGCUACAGAAUUAUAUUCAAGUUUGGUGGUUUGUUCUGUAAAUGGGGGACCAAAAUAAAUGUGAAGUUGAAGAUAGUCUAUUUGAAGAUAUAAAACUGUUGAUUGAAACAAUCAAAUAUCAACAAGAUAAACCAGAGCUUCAAGAACAAGCCUUGAAGACAAUGGCAUCAAUUCUCCAUACACAUGAUGAAGGAUCGCGCUUUUUACUGCAAUUAAAUGGACUGGACACUGUAUUGAAUGUUUUCAAUGUCUGCAAUCAAGAUCAUAAACCAAACUCGCUAAAAGAAGCCUGUCUUCAUGUACUGUGUGCUGCCUGUGAAAAUAAUGGUACAGUUCAAAAGGCACUAUGUACUGAAAAGAUCUUCGUUUUGCUCAAAACGCUUCUCGCCAAGAAAUCUUCGUUGAAAUUGAAAACGUUGUCAUGUUAUCUAUUGAUAUGUUUAAUACGUAAUAAUGAAAAGGCCAGUGUUUAGUUCGAGAAACAAAAUGCUUAGAAAAAUUGAGCUAUCUUUUCAAAGAUGCUGCAUUUCCAUUCCACUCACCCCAAUCUUCCAACAAGCUUCCUAGAAUUAUUUCAUUUCAAAACAAGGAAAGUGAAGAUUAUACAAACUUUUGGCAAACUGUUGCUAAUGCUCUUUCAGUCAGUAUUAAUAACCCACAACGAAGAGAAAAUCAGGAUUAUUGUUUGCGAUUGUUUCCAGUUGCAAUUUGUUAUUUAAGAAAGUGUGAUUCCUCCCUGGUUCAAACAACAACUCUUACUUUUCUCACCAAUUGUCUAUCUCAUAACAAUCGUUGCCAAGUCAGCUUUCGUAUUGUUGGUGGCCUAAGAACGCUAUUUGACAAUUUCAACAACGAAAUGCUUUCCACUGACCAGGCCUCAUCCUCGCUACUAAAAAGCUUGAUGCUUACCAUUGAAGCAGCUGUUUGUGGAAAUGAUUUAGCUCGUGACAAUGUUGCCGAAAUGAAAGGAGUGCCCCUUUUACUGAAAUCUCUUCACUCGAGUUUUUUAUCGCCGUCAUUCAAAGUGCAGUGUUUGAUAACAAUUGCAGCAUUAAUUGAAGAAUGUGAGCCAAGUUGUGAACAAUUUGUUUCAAACAAUGGCAUGUCUAUUGUUGUGAAAAUACUUGCAGAAAGUCAGAAUUGCGAAGAGCUACAGAAAUCGGCCAUUUGCGUAUUGCAUACAUACUUAGAACAAACAAAAUCGAUGCCUGCACUUUUGAUGAACAAUGAAUUUAACGCAAAACUUUCGAGAGGUAAUGAGACUAAAACGUAUAAAGAUACGUUUUCAGCUGAUGUUGAAGAUGAAAAAGUGACGGUCAGUUGUGUUGCAGAUAAGAUGGAAGAUUUAACUAACGAAGUGCGAAUUUUGAAGCAGCUCUUUACUUCCAAAGAGAAACUCAUUCAAAAGCCUGUUGCCGCUGAUAUUGUGAAACGUUUAAUGAAAGGGAUAAACUUACAAAAUGAUUGUGCUAGGGAUGAAGACAAUCUUGAACAGAUUACAGAAAUAGUUGAAGACAUUGUCAUCGGUGUUUCCUCUUCAACUUCACAAAAACAAAUUUCUCUUGUCGAACCAAAAAAACGCAAUGAAACGGCAAUCUCGCACAUUAACGAAACUGGAAAUUUCAGAGAAAUUUCUCCUUCUCGAAAUGAAGAUUUUCUUGAAUUAAAUAGCGUCCUGCCAGUUGAUAGCACACAUUCGAAGGCAUGUAAUAAAAAUAUGCAUAGUUCUAAAGUUGGUGACCGCAUAGAUGAAGUUAUGGAGAUUGCAAAAAAGAAUUCACUCAUAAAACCUGGUGAAAUGCAAGAUAAUAAUCCCAAAAGUCCUAUCGAUAGCAAUGUCACUUGUUUGAACGUGUCGACUCAUUUUAAAAAUAUGGAUACCUCUUUUCACAAAGACAGUAUUUCUUGUUGCGAAUAUCCAACAAAUGAUCAGUCUUUAUCACAAAUGGACACCAACGAAGUUUCAUGCUUAAACUCUAAUGUUGACAACAGUGAAAUUUUGGUGAAAGCUUGUAAGGAAAGGAGAACUGAUCUUGGAAAGAAGCUUUGAAUGUUCUUAGCAGAAAAUGUCGCAAUAAUAAAAAAGUCGCGUUAGUCAACAUGAAUGAAAGUAUAGAUGCUGUUGUGGCGUUGACGAAACUUAAGACUGCAUGCAUCA